UCUCUCUAUUUAUAUAUAAAUAAAAAUAAAAAUUCUCUGACUCUCUGUGUGUCUCUCUCUUUCUCCAUCUCUCUCUUACCCAUCUCUUGCUACAAAUUCCAUUUCUUUUGAUUUAAUUAAGAGGAGUGGAAUAACCAAAGAUAAAACAAAUACAGAGAGAAACAGAGAGAAAGAGGGAGAGAGAGUUUUUUAUUUAUUUAUUUAUUUAUUUAAAAACACAUAUAAAUGAACAUCUACUCUGUUUGCAUUACUCUUAUUCCUCUUUUCAGAUCUUAGUUUCUCUCAUUUUCUCAUCUGGUUCCUUUCGAACAUGGUCUGCUUCUGAUUGGUGCUUUAAGGAUCUAAUUAUGAUCCUUGAUUGGAUUUGACAAUUUCCCACUUUUUUAUUUCACUGGAUUGCCAAUCAGAUUCUAUCAGUUUCAUCACUUAAGCAGAAGAGAUGGAAUCAGAUCUUGGUAAGCUCUUCAUUGGUGGGAUUUCUUGGGACACAGACGAAGAACGUCUCAAGGAAUAUUUUAGGAACUAUGGAGAAGUGGUGGAGGCGGUGAUCAUGAGAGAUCGAGCCACAGGUCGUGCUCGUGGCUUUGGUUUUGUGGUGUUUUCCGAUCCUGCUGUUGCUGAGAGGGUCAUCAUGGAUAAGCACAUGAUUGAUGGACGCACGGUUGAAGCAAAGAAGGCUGUUCCCAGGGAUGAUCAGAACAUGGUGAGUAGAAACACUGUCAGUAUUCAUGGUUCUCCUGGCCCUGGACGCACAAAAAAGAUUUUUGUUGGAGGUUUAGCUUCUACAGUUACUGAGAAUGACUUCAAGAAGUACUUUGAUCAGUUUGGUACAAUUACUGAUGUGGUCGUAAUGUAUGAUCACAACACUCAAAGGCCAAGAGGUUUUGGCUUCAUUACUUAUGAUUCUGAGGAAGCAGUGGAUAGAGUUUUACACAAAACAUUUCAUGAACUGAAUGGGAAAAUGGUUGAGGUCAAGAGAGCAGUGCCAAAGGAGCUAUCUCCAGGGCCCAUUCGCAGCCCUAUGAUAGGAUAUAAUAACUAUGGUCUGAAUAGAGCCACCAACCUCCUUAAUAAUUUUGCUCAGAGAUAUAAUCUGAGCCCGGUUGGAGGUUUUGGAGUUAGGAUGGAUGGGAGGUUUAGCCCUCUUGCGACUGGUCGGACUGGAUUUUCUCCAUUUGGUGCUACUGGUUAUGGAAUAGGUGUGAAUAUGGAAGGAGGGUUGAGCCCAAGUUAUGGCGGGACUUCCAACUUUGGUAGUAGUCUAGGUUAUGGACGAAUGUUGAGUCCUUAUCCUGGUGGAACUGCAAGCAGGUAUAGUACACCUAUUGGCUAUGGUGGGGGUGCUGGAAGAAAUGAUUCUGUUUUGAGCUCAACUUCCUGGAAUGUCUGGGGAAAUGGGGGCCCUAACAAUGCCUCAAAUCCUGCCAGCCCCGGUGCUUACAUGGGUACUGGAAGUGGGAAUUUCGGAGUUUCAUUUGGAAAUAGUGGAGCCAAUUGGGGGACUGUUUCAACUCCUGGUGGAGGAAGUGCUUCUGGCUAUGCUAGUGGGAAUAUGGGUUAUGGGAGUGGUGAUGGCAUCUAUGGGCUGGGAGGAGGAGGGCUUGGAAGAAACAGUAGCACAGGUGUGGUCCCAACUUCGUCAUUUGCUGGGUCAACUGGUGGUUAUGAGGGGUCUUAUGGGGACUUGUACCGCAGUGGCUCAGCUUAUGGUGACCCAACUUGGCGAUCUGCCACUCCUGAACUAGAUGGUUCUAGUGCAUUCAGUUAUGGGCUUGGCAGUAUAACAGCUGAUGUUGCCAAAAGUUCUGAGGGUUUCAUUGGAAGUUACAAUGUUACCAGUCGACAGUCAAAUAGAGGAAUUGCUACGUAGGAGAUUUGUCUUUUGGAUAUCAAAAGGUACAUUGUAGGUACAGAGAAUGAGGUCAUACGGAUGAGGAUUGUGAAUUUCAUACGUCUCCCUCAUGUUACAUUUCAGCUUAUUAUGAAUUCGGUCUUAUAGCUUUAACGGGGGUUCUUGAUUUGAAGUAUACACAACAUUCAAAGAGAAAGCAGUUACAAGGGAUUUUGUGUAAGGUUUGAGGUUUGAUUUUUUUUUUUUUUUUCCUUUUGAUAUAGUGAAAAAACAAAAAACUUAGAUUUCUUUAUUGGCGUUUGAAUGAGGUGUAAAAUCAGAUUGCGGGAUAUAUACUCAGAAUGAUUGGACAAUUAACGUGUUAUGCAUAUCCAGCUAGAUCUGCGCGAUAUGGCAUUAAACAGUAGAGUAUUAAGUUUCUGAUUUUUAUUUUUUUCUUUUCAAGUGCUGUAGUACCCGGCAAAGUUGCCGGUUCUUGUACGUAUAUGUUUCCUCUUUAUCUGGGAUCAGUUUUUUUCCCAGAUUGUAUGUGAGGUUCUGUUUGAUUUACUAGUGUGAAACAUCAGAGGGAUUCCUAUUUAAGAUCCCCGCCAAAUAAGGUACUAGAUGUUUUGAUUCA